CCCAAGUACAGCUUCCUGCUGCAGACCAAGACCGAGUGGGCAUGAGCUCUGCUGCAGCGGGGCGCAACAAAGGGGUCUUGAAGCAAGCUGGUAAAAAAGGGAUACAGGAAGACAGAGUCUUGCAACCAGCAGGGAGAGAGGCAGAACAGGAAGACAAUGAUUCUCCCUGGGAUUCUGAGACUGAUUCUGAAGGUGAAGAGAAAGUGCUGGCCCAUGUACAGCUUCCUGCUGCAGACCAAGACCGAGUGGGCAUGAGCUCUGCUGCAGCGGGGCGCAACAAAGGGGUCUUGAAGCAAGCCGGUAAAAAAGGGAUACAGGAAGACAGAGUCUUGCAGCCAGCAGGGAGAGAGGCAGAACAGGAAGACAACGAUUCUCCCUGGGAUUCUGAGACUGAUUCUGAAGGUGAAGAGAAAGUGCUGGCCCAUGUACAGCUUCCUGCUGCAGACCAAGACCGAGUGGGCAUGAGCUCUGCUGCAGCGGGGCGCAACAAAGGGGUCUUGAAGCAAGCCUGUAAAAAAGGGAUACAGGAAGACAGAGUCUUGCAACCAGCAGGGAGAGAGGCAGAACAGGAAGACAAUGAUUCUCCCUGGGAUUCUGAGACUGAUUCUGAAGGUGAAGAGAAAGUGCUGGCCAAUGUACAGCUUCCUGCUGCAGACCAAGACCGAGUGGGCGUGAGCUCUGCUGCAGCGGGGCGCAACAAAGCUGCAAGAGCAGAACAGGAGGAACAUUUUAUCUCCUCUUCCGAGAAUAAGCUUCCUACAUUACAGAGAGAAGAUCUUCCGCUAAAGGUUGAUUCUUCAACUCAGACAGAUUCUAAGCAGGAGAAACAGCUUCCUACAUUACAGAGAGAUUAUCUUCUGCUAAAGGUUGAUUCUUCAACUCAGACAGAUUCUGGGCAGGAGAAACAGCUCAAGGACCUGAAAGAACCUUUUCACAAGAAUGAUUAUUACACUGAGUCAGGGAAGAAUGCCUUAAAGGAGAAGAAAGUAAUAACAGUUUUGAGGAUCAUGCAAGGUCUCCUGGUUGAUUCUUCAGUUGCAGCUAUCCCCCCGCCGGAAGAGCGCGUUCAACGGCUCCAAAUUCCAAUGGCAAGGCUGGAAACCACUAUUCAGCAAAAAGACAAGACUAUUGAAGUUUUUGAGGAAAUCCAGCAAGUCUCUUACCGCAGACUCCUCGGGGGACAGUGGUCUUUGGCACUGUGAUUUUCUGCACACUAUCAAAAACUGUUUUGGAGUGAAGUUUGCAAAGUGAGCCAGUCCAUGAGACUGGGUCACCCUGUGGGUGUUUCCACCAUUUUGGGUGUCUG